AUGACUGCAAUAGGUAAUGCCACUAUGGGUUCUCACGAUGCAGGAGGACAUGCGAUUGGUACAGUGAUUUUAUUUUUAUCGUUUGCUGUCUUGGCUGGGUGCAUAUGCAAAUUAAUACUUUCGCAAGUAUUGAAAAAUAAAUUUCCUGCUCCAUUCACAGUGAUCGUACUAAUUUUUGGUUUCACUAUCGGAAUGAUUAUUUCCCAUAUUUAUGGUACGAGCAAUGAUUUUUUACUUGGUGAAAAAGAAUUGAGAGAAAUUAAUCCUCAUCUUAUUUAUUACAUUUUUUUACCGUUGCUGAUAUUCGAUUCUGCUUUUAACAGUCGUUUUCAUGUUAUUCGACGACAAAUCAUAUCUGCUAUACUUCUAGCUGGCCCCGGUGUGCUCAUUUCUAUUACUACUGUGGCACUGUUUGCCACCUACAUAUUUCCUUAUCAUUGGUCUUGGCUACUUAGUAUAAUGUUUGGAAGUAUUCUGAGUGCAACAGAUCCCGUUGCUGUUGUAGCACUACUACACGAAUCAGGAGCGAGUAAAUCAUUAGCAGCAUUGAUCGACCUUGAAUCAUUAUUGAAUGACGGUUCUGCUUUUGUCAUCUUUAUGAUUUUUCGAGAUAUUGUCGUCGGUAAAAGUGAUGGUGCCAAAAAAAUUAUUAUUGACAUCGUCAAGUUCACUAUCGGCGGUCCAAUUUUUGGCAUUGCCUGUGGCAUCAUUGCUGUAAUUGCUCUGAAUAUGGUCCAUAAUGAACUUGAAAUUGAAAUUAUAUCGACUUUUGGUCUUGCCUAUUUGAUUUUUUACGUUGCCGAUGUUGAACUCGAGGUUUCAGCUGUCUUGGCACUUGUGGUAAUGGGGCUUUUCAUGGGCAAACAUAAAUAUUGUAUAAGUAGUCAAGUGCAAGUUCCAAUGGCCAAUACUUGGCGCAUCAUUACUGAUUUUGCAAAUAUUCUCAUUUUUAUCAUUACUGGUAUUAUUUUGGCUCACUCACUAAUCGACACGAAAACAACUAUUGUCGCACGUGAUUUUGGAUUUUCUAUUCUAUUGUAUAUUGCUCUUCAUCUUGGACGUCUAUUAUCCGUCAUUGUACUCCAUCCAUUUAUACGCUGGAGUGGUGUGCGUCUAUCUUUGAAAGAACAAAUAGUUCUGAUCUGGAGCGGUUUAAGAGGAAGUACACCGGAAAGUGAACGCAUUUUGUUACAAGCCCUCGAACAUAUGCGCAGGCAAACAUCGAAGCAACUCCAUAAGAUGAAACAUGAAAAACAAUUUUCUGAUGUCGAUUGGGAUAUGCUCAAUGAAUAUUUACCGGAAAAAUUAGUUCAAGAAAUGGAUGCACAACGAAGAACAAGCGUUCAUCGGCGAUUCUCUCUUCUACCAGAUUUUGCUGAUGACUUAUUGUUAAAUUCUUAUCGAAACAAUACGAUCACACACAUUGAGUUAAAGGAAAUUCCGAGCAUAUGCGAGGUCGACAUUAUUCCCAUAGAUUUUAUUCCGGAAGAAAAUAAUUCGACCAUUAAACAUAUUGUUUUGCCAGUUAUGGAUUUCCGAUCCAAUGAUGAAAAAGAAAACGCGCACUUUCGAAACGAGCUAACUAUUCGUUUUCUCACAGCAUUGUUGGUUGAUUACGAAAAACAAUGGUAUCUUGGAAUGAUUCGUCGACGAACACUCUACAUUCUGAUUAAAUCCGUCGAAAGAGCCAAACAUCAACAUUCACUUAAGCUUCAUUGGAAAUUGAUCGUUGAACAUUUUCGAUUAUCGAAAUGGUUGCAAAACCUAAGGCGACUCGAUUAUGUCAAGUGGAUUAACAACCAGACGAAUAAAUUAUUAUUUGAUCAUAUCUUUCUCACCAUUGAAUUAACCCUCGCUUUCCAUUCGACUCAAACUCGUAUGGAUAAUAUUCGAAAGCAAUUUCCAGAAUUAGCUAAUAUUGAUAAAAGAAUUUGGAAUAAAGUUUAUAAAGAAAUUCGUUUCUAUCAUCUCACUGCUUCCUACAUUCUUCUCGAUCUACAAAAAUCCUAUGAAGCUUGUUGGCGAAUUCAUAUGACAAAAAGAUGUGCUCAAAUGUUACUCAAAUACGAAUCGAAGGCGAUCACUGAACUUUAUGAAACGGGAAUGCUUGGCCACACCGUAUAUUUACAUAUAUUGGAAUUAAUCGAAAAGAAAUCGUUGAACCUUGAAUUUUAUCGUGUCUCUAUGGUUAAGGGUCACUUGAAAACUAUUGAAAAUCCUUUUGAUUUAUUGUUACUCUUUCGAUCAUUACCUAAUCAAGAAAAAACACGUUGGCAAAGGAUUAUGAAAGCAAAACAUCGAUGGUUUCAACCGGAUCAAAUACUUUUUGAAAAAGGCCAAAGAGUACAGACUGCCUAUCUUAUAGCUCGAGGUAUUGUUGAAUGUAAAAUAGAUGCAAUGCCCACAUAUUACCGAUCGGGAAAUAUUGUCGGUAUCGAUGCCUUAUUUUCACAAGACGUUCCAGCACAUGAUACUUAUCGUGUCAGUAUUGGACUUUUGGAAGCUUAUUGUAUCGAUGGUAUAUUAUUGAAUCAAUUUUUGCAAGAUAAAAAUUUAGCUCCUUCAAUCUAUCAAGAAAUUGCUGUAAAUGUCUUGAUUAAUAAUUAUCAGGAACGUUUGAAAUUGAAUCGUUUACAACUACGAUCACUUGUACACACGAGAGCGAAAUUCUAUUGGAAUGAAUUGGAUAUAUCGAUUCAAUUGAAAGAGAAUCAACGACUAUUUAUUCUUGCUGGCUAUGUUAAUCAUUUAUUCAAUGGUCAAAACAAUAAAUAUGAGCCAAUGCAACUGCAAAUCUUUGAUACAGAAACCGAGAUUCUUCUUAAUUCGUCGACUGUGGCCUAUUCAUGGAUGGAUGAAGAUGAGGAACUUUCUAUCAAAGAUGCUAAUCUUACAGUUCAUUUUCCAUUGCCAACCUAUGAUUUGCUCUCCAAUGAUCUACUUUAUCCCGGACAUUUGAGUGAAAUCACACAAGUUUCCGAACGACGACAUUCAGCAUCACUAUUGGAUGAUGGAAUACACUCCAGCGAAGCAUAG